GUCGGGCUCUGGGGCGAACCUCGGGCCUGGCCCUGUUUCCGAUGGCCCGGCCUAGAAAAGGUGGGGGUGGGGCGCCCUUGGUUCUGGAAGCCGGGGGUCCCUGCCCCCCCCCCGAGACACGCCCUUUUCCGAGAGCGUCCUGUCCGUGGCCCAUUUUGCAGAGGAGGAAACUGAGGUCCAGCCAAGAGGAGGCGUUUGCCCGAGUCUAGGACAGAGAAGGAAACCCGCGGGGAAAGUGACUUAUCCAAGGUCAUGCAAUGCGGGGCGCAGGAUUUGAACUCGGGUCCCACCCCUCUCCAGAAGCAGGCCCCAGGGCAAAGAUGUAGUCAGUCGGCCUCUUCUGAUGUACUGGGUCCAACGUGACUUGGAACACAUUUGCUCCUCGUUCUUGGAGCGGCGCGCGUCUCCACACGUUGCAUUCUGGCUUCAUGGGCACCCUGGUUUUCUAUCACCCGCGCUCCCUCGCCCCAGAGAGCCCUCCUUGGGAGAAGAAGAAACAAAAGCAGUUAACAAGGAGGGGGAAAGCAAAGCCGAGGCCCGCGCGGAAGGAAGAGGACGCUGCUUGCGGCCCAGCGGAGUUCCGAGACCGGGGUAGAAGGGAAUGUGUCAGUGUGCGGCCAGCCGCGGAACUGGCCGUCCGAGGUCCCUGAGGGACUCACGGGUACCCCCCCCCCCAAAUUAAGGAGACCCCUGGAGGAGCGUCUCCAGAAUAUUCGGCGGGGCACUCUGGAUCGGAAAACAUGGCUGCAGAAAGGGUUUAUUUUUAAUCAACAAACAUUAGGCACCAACUGUAUACCAAGCACUAAUUAGGCGUAAACUCAAGUGUGAGACUCCCACCUGCCCUGAGGAGUUUAUAACCUACUGGGGAUGGAACAGCAGCCAGCCCCGGGAUCUGCUGGGCUCUGAACUUCCAGACUAGGGGGCCCCGCCUGCGCUCCCCGCACCCAGCCGGGGUCCGGGCGCCAUGGCCGCCGGCCGAGAACGGAGGGUCCCAGUGAUCCAGAUGGUCCGAGGGCUGCCUCUGGCCUCUUCUCUCCUGCUGCUGCUGCUCUGCUGUCUGUGGGUGUUGGGGGCUGGCCCAAGCCUGGCCCUGGACCUAGACCUGCUGCUCGGACACUGGCAGGUGUACCGGCUGCUGACCUUCCCGCUGGGCCACACGGCCCUGCCGGCCUUGCUGCUGAGUCUGCUCCUCUUCCCCACCUUGGGCUGGUACCAGGAGAGCCAGCUGGGCACCGUGCGCUACAUCCACGCCUCGGCCCUGGGCGCGCUGGCCACCGGGCUGCUCUACCUGCUCCUGGCCGGCCUCGGGGUGCCCGGCUCGGGGAGCAGGGGCUGCGGCUACACGCCCAUCCACCUGGCUCUGCUGGCGGCCCAGCACCGGAGCCGCACCCGCCUCCCUGGGGGGGUGAUCCCACCCCUGCUGCUGCUGGCUCUGAUGCACCUGGUGAGCUCCGAGCCCCCCUUCGUCCUCCAGCUCUGCGGCCUGCUCACGGGCCUGGCCUACUCUGCUGGGCUCUUCCGCCGACUGGAGCUGUCCGAGCGCCGGCUCCAAACCCUGCAGAAGGCCGGCCUCUGUCGGGCGCUGGAGGGGAGCUGCCUGCUGUGCUUCAUCCCGGCCCCGGGCAGCCUGCUGGAGCUGCCCGUGGUCCACCCUGCUGGCCUGAGACAUUCGGAUCCUGGACCUCUGGGGAACUGGGUGCCAGGGCUCUGGCCCUCCCCCCCAGACUCGGCCCCCCUCGCUCCGGGCCUGGGCACCGGGCCCUCCCUGUUUGGGGGCCCCAUCUUUGAAGGAUCCCCGUCAUGGGAUGCUCCCAGCCUGCCUCUGGAGAGCCCACUCUGGAGCCGGGGGGAUCCCGGCAACGACGAGCUGCUGCAGGCCGCCAUCCAGGCCUCCCUGCAGGACGAGCCCCCCAGGGCCGCGGAGGAGCUGAGGUUGUCCAAGUCCUCCGUGUCCUCCCUCAGGCUGCAGCAGCUGGAGCGCAUGGGGUUCUCCAUGGAACAGGCGGUGGUGGCGCUGGCGGCCACAGGGCGCGUGGAAGGGGCCGUCUCGCUGCUGGUGGAGGGGCAGGUGGGCGAUGCAGCCCAGGUGACCCCAGCGGGCAGGAGUGAGGCUCCCAGGGAGGGCGACCCGGCCCCUGUCCAGAAACCUGAGCCGGCUCGGCCCUAAGGGGGUCCCAGAGGCUGCACGGGACUGAGAACGAGCAGCGGUGUGAGCGAGCGUGUGAGAGAGUGUGAGUGAGAGUGUGUGAGUGGGCCCUGGGGAAGCUGCUCUCGGAGGCCGGCCGCAUCAGCUCCCAGCAGCUCCCAUUCCCACAAACAUCCCCUCCUGAAUAAAUCCAUCUCAUCUUGAAA